GUUACCAACUUUUCCUACUUGGAAAAGUCUCGAUUGAAAGGACAUAGUUUCCUCAGUAGAAUACUCGGAUUUAUCGGAUCCUAUCUGGAUCAGAGUCGGGUCAUAUCCGACAUCGGCACAUGCUGACGCCCCUUUUUACUUGGAUUCGUUUGUGCUCGAUCCAUUUUAAAGCCCUGUCCCUGGUCCGAAGGUCGAAUCUCCAUAGGGCCAUUGUUUGCCCAGUGGGCGCUCCCAUGGCUUCGUCUUCCUUAUCUCUCCCGCGGGUUCUCCCCCCGCCUCCCGUCUCAAGGGCCACCUCUCUCUGCUUCUCCUUGCCUUUCAGACAGAGAGAAGUAGCCGAUGCUCUCUCCUUAAACGAGGAGCCAAAAUGCAUUUCUCCUUUCAGGAUUUAUCUCCGCACGAGGAGUGUGAUGAAGGCUUUAUCUUCUUCCUCCUCUUCGUUGGACCUCCUCCCGGAUUCAGAAUCAGGUGUUCUCCUUUUGUUACAGAGGCUUGGACUAGUGGAGAAAGAAGCAGAGCUUCUUAUUUCGAAACACCCAAAUCUCAGAACUUCGUGUCUGGAUUCCAUGAGGGCCAAAAUUCAGUCCCUGCAGACGAUCGGACUGACGGGCAACAUACUGGCCCGUAUUGUUGUGCGGCGGCCGGAGAUUCUCACAGCGCCGGAGAUCGACUCCCUAAUCGAUUUUAUCAGCGAAAACUUGGAAUGCUUUAGAGGGACUAAGAUUGAAAAACUCUUCCUCGCCGCGGACGCCCAGCUUGUCGAGAAGGUUGAGACGCUCCUCGAUCGCAGGCUUCUGGGAGGUGAGCUUGCAGGAAUUCUGAGCAAGGUCGAUUUGAGGAAGCUCUUCUGCGAGAAGACGGUCGAAGAGAUUGAAGCAACGAUUGCUUUCUUGAAACGCUAUCACGUAGGCGACCACCUUCUCCUGAUCAAGAAAAGGCCGGCAUUGCUAACGUUCGAUCUGAAGAACCAAUUGGCCCCUAGGGUUGACUUUCUCCAGCGUCUUGCAUCUGACGAUGAGUCUCUAAGCGUACUCCUGAGCCGAUUUCCGGCUGUUUUGUCAUAUACAGUGGAACACUUGGAGAGCCACUGUGCUUUUUGGAGGAAUCUGGGGUUUAGAGACGAGCAAGUUUUCAGAUUGAUUGAGGUUUAUCCCAGUAUUUUCAGUGUGAGCAAAGAGCGGAAAUUGGAACCAAGAGUUGGUUUUCUAAAAUCUUGUGGCUUUAGCAGUAACGACAUACACAAGUUUGUGAUAAAGUCCCCAUUAUUCCUGGGCCUCUCUUGCAGGAGAAACCUUUCAAAGAAAUUGGCAUUCCUGAUAAAAAUUGGGUAUAAGAACAAAACGAAGGAGUUAGCUCUAGCACUGGGGGCUUCCACUAGGACUAGCUGUGAGAACAUGCAAAAGGUGGUCGGUGUCUUUUUGAGAUACGGUUUCUCUUUUGAAGACUUGUUCUUCAUGAGCAGAAUUCACCCCCAAAUACUUCAAUAUAACCACAGUUCCUUGGAGAAGAAGAUGGAUUAUUUGAUUAAUGACAUGGGUCGAGAGAUUGGGGAGCUGCUGAGCUUUCCUGCAUUUUUGGGUUACAAAUUGGAUGACAGGAUAAAGCAUAGGCAUGAGGCAAGGAAGCAACUAAAAGCCAGAGGGUUGCUGAAGCGUGAUCAGUAUUCACUGAAGAAACUUCUGAGUGUCUCAAGCAAGAGGUUUCUAAAGCGUGCACGAGAGAAGGAAAUGUUGGAGGGAGAAGCUGAGGAUUUGGUUGGAGAAGGCAAGCUGGUUGAACGAUGACAACCUCUCGAAGCGUUUUGACUUUGUGCCUUCUACUAUCUUUAAUGAUGAAAGAUGUGACUCAAAUGAAGAGAUGGGAGAUUGGGAGAUUCACGUUCCUGCAACGUGGUAGAUGCCUAGGAGUCCCAUGGACGACAUAACAUGUUCUAAAUCACUUUUGACUGUAAAGCUGCAGGGUACAGUUACUAAAGUAGUUGCUUUUGUAUAUGAAGAACGUAUUGCUAUCCCCAGCAAUAAUGCAGCCAAACCGUUCUGAAAUUUAUGGGAAUCCUGGU